CGAGAUUUUUUCCUUUUGUUGCGCCUUGUUUCGCUUGGGAUUUUUAUUCAUCUUUAGUUGUCUCCCCUUUCCCUCUUUCUUUUCCUCUUGCUCUUUUAUCACCUUUCCCUUUCUUUCCCUUUUUCUCAAACAAGAAUUUUUAUUUGUCCCCCGCCCCAGAACCUCGGUUGUUCGAAUUCAUCAAAAUGUCUUCUGCUCCUACGCCAGCCAUUCCUCCGGUGGCUCUCGACUCGAUCACCCAGCACAUCGGUAACACGCCUCUUGUGCGCUUGAAUAAACUUCCUCACAGCCUCGGGAUCGAAGCAACUGUAUAUGCGAAAUUGGAAUACUUCAAUGCUGGGGGAAGUGUGAAGGAUAGAAUUGCUUUGCGCAUGAUUGAAGAGGCCGAACGAUCGGGGCGCAUAAAGCCUGGUGAUACUCUAAUCGAACCUACCAGUGGUAACACGUAGGUCUACCAGCAAGUUUACUUACUCUGUAUGUCAUGACCUGCUAAUUCACCCAACCAGUGGUAUUGGGUUGGCGCUCGUUGGCGCCGUAAAGGGUAGGUCAUCAUCUACUAAACUACCUCUGCCGGACUGUUAACUGUUUCUACUUUUUUCUUGCUUAUUGUAGGCUACAAGACAAUAAUUACCCUCCCGGAAAAGAUGUCGGCCGAAAAAGUAGCCGUACUGAAAGCAUUGAAUGCAACCAUCAUCCGUACCCCCAAUGAAGCUGCAUACGAUUCACCGGAAUCCCACAUUGGUGUCGCUAAGCGUCUUGAGAAGGAACUCCCAAACGCGCACAUCUUGGACCAAUAUGGAAAUGAAAAUAACCCGAUGGCUCACGAAUUUGGAACAGCAGAAGAAGUCUGGGCGCAGACAGACGGCCAAAUCAAGGCCAUUGUUGCCGGCGCGGGAACUGGUGGAACAAUCACCGGGCUGUCUCGGGGACUGAAGAAGCAUAACCCCGACAUCAAGGUUAUUGCAGCAGACCCCCAUGGCUCCAUCCUGGCCCUACCCCCGACUAUGAAUGAAGAUCAUGUAAAUGAACCAUACAAAGUAGAAGGAAUUGGGUAUGACUUCAUCCCGCAAGUUCUCGAUCAGCAGGCCGUGGACCAUUGGUACAAAACUGGAGAUAAAGAGUCAUUUCAAUACGCUCGGCGGUUGAUCGCUGAAGAGGGCCUCCUUGUCGGUGGAAGCAGUGGAAGCGCCAUCUCGGCUCUGGCGCAAGCCGCGAGGGACUACAACUUCGGGAAGGAUGACGUGAUUGUCGUCAUUUUGCCCGACAGCAUAAGAAGCUAUCUAACCAAGUUCGCUGACGAUGAUUGGCUUGCUGCCAAUGGACUCCUGGUAUCGUCCUCGGCCGAAGCUGCGGACUUACCUCUAACAUUGCAACCCCAAGAACAAAGGGAUGCCUUCGCUGGAUCGAUGGUCAAGUCACUGCGGUUAAAACCUAUCACAACAGUCCGGUCCAAUAUUCCAUGCGAAACUGCUAUUGAGAUGAUGCGAGACCGCGGCUUCGACCAACUGCCUGUGCUUGCGCCUUCUGGCAAGAAGCUCGUAGGGCUAGUAACUCUAGGAAAUGUUCUCAGUCGGCUUACCCACGGACGUGCUACAGGGAAAAGCUCUGUAUCGGAUGUUAUGUUUAACUUCAGUAAAAUCUCCGAGGUGGUCACCGAUCCAAGAGAUAUGGGAUUGGCCAGUUCCAGGCCAAAUGCAGCAGAUAGCUCGGAGUCCCGGAUCAAAGACCGGAAGUUUGUGGAGAUCACUAUGGACACACCACUCAGCGUAUUGAAUCGGUUCUUCGAGUGGAACAGUGCUGCGGUUGUCACGGAGAAGGACGAACACGGGGCAAUGAAACCAGUGGCGGUUGCGACAAAGGUCGAUCUACUAACAUGGAUGCUUCAUAAUAAAGACGACUCGGCAUGAUAUACGUCAACAACAGUCUUUAUAAAGCGCCGGACUGUGAAUUGCUUAUGUUGUAUUAUGCCUGAUGCUUCUCAAAUUCCACGCCCACGCCCCUUCACGCUAGAAGAGGGAUAACGCUCUAUGUCGAUUGUGCGACUACUAAGGCGCAAGGCAGAAAGUGAGAAACUCCCCUCCAACGAUUAGACAGUGUUCAACACAUUUUUCUUAUCUUUUCAUUUCAUUUUUGAACCUCUAUAUAGAGGCGGCAUGGAGUUGAUAGGCACCGCAUGAUGACGUUAAAAAUGAAAUGUGAUAUACUCCGUAUUCAGGUUAUAAAUAGGCGUUGAACCUUGGUAAAACUUCUAAUAAUGUCAUACCUUUCC